UUAUGAAUAGGAAUAGCGUCUAGACUUAUGGUUUGUCACGUGAUUAAAUGAGCUAUAUAAGAGACAGGGGAGGGGAGGUCUCAAAACUGUCGAAGAGUAACGUGUCAAAUUGAUCAAUCGGAAACACAACUGUACCAGCGCGUGAGGUGCAUAAUCAAGCUUGAAGAAUGGAACCACGUUCCCUGGUAAUCUUCAUUGCGUUUUGCUUUUUGCUGCUAAGAGUGCACGGAAAGCCAAGACAUCAUGGCGUCCAGAAGCCCUUUCACGAAAAAAGAAACGGCAAAAUAGAAAUGGCAGAAGCAUUGGAUUACUUGGCUGGGCAGAUUGCUAGACGGGAAAUGGAUAAGCGGAGUUCAAGAAAAGAAAUAACUGACCUUUAUGAUCAAGAAGAGGAGGAAGGGAACGAUGACUAUGAUGUCAUGGACGAUGACGAUGAUGACAGGACCUUUGAUCAAAAAGAAGACCCUGGCUGCAGUAUACAGUAACAGAUUCUCUAAUCAACAAUCAAAGUUAUUUUAUGGACUGAAUUAAGAAGCAAAACUUAAGCAUGACACUUUAAGUAGUAAAGAUCUGUCCACAUGCGGCAUUUAAUUUCUUUCUGUAUUCGAAGAGAAGUAGCUUAUAGCAGUACUAUGGUAAUAUUGACUUAAUUAUAAAAUAUAGUACUGCUACCAAAGAGAAUGUAAUACGUCAUUUGCUGCUGCUAUAACUGGCUAGCUCGGGUAUCUACAACUUCCUUCUGUCGCACGAUUCUCGAGCAUUAUCAAACAUUUUCACCGAACAUUUUCACCAAACAUUUUCACCAAACAUUUUCACCGAACAUUUUCAUCAAACAUUUUCACCAACAUUUUCACCAAACGACUGAGUAACAAAUAAUAAAUGCUGGGAUCCCUGCUCAAAAAAUCUGUGUAUUAAAAUGUGAAGUCCGAAAAGAAUAGCAUUUUAUAGACGAUCCUGCAACCUUCGCCAUUGCAACAGAUCGUUUAUCUUAUCAGAAACCUUAAGGACUAUCCGACCGCACGAUAAGAGUUUAAUAAAAGGAACGAGUAUUUCAUACAUAAGGCCGAAGAUGUCCUAUGCAAUUUAAGAAAACCCAAUGACGUCUUGAAUUGCUGCCUUUGUUAUUAGUCAUGGGCAAAAAGAAAUAGAAAAAGCCACGAUCUAGAUAGAGCAACACUUAACUGAAGAGCUAAAGCACUACAUAGUGAGCUACAUAGUGACUAAUUGGCAACCAUACUAACUGUAUCUUACAUUCUUUAUAGGUUCAUAGAAAUACCGACUUAAAAGCACCACUGCUUCAAUCUACGACUAAGUGGUAAAAAAAGGAGGCUUGCAAAGCAAAUAUGAUUUGAAACAGAAAUAGAGAAAUCUAGUUAAAAACGAAAAGCAACAAAAAGUUGAUGAAAUAAGAUUAUAAUUUUUUGCCGUGAUACCCCUGCGGACUUCCCGUCCUCCAUUUGAUGGCCAGUUAUGCCUCUGGUUGACUGCUGAAUGAUUCAUAUAUAUUUGCAGAAAAUGCAUUGAUAGAAUCCAUUGAAAAUAAAGUCUCCAAAUAAAGGUUUUUCCCAUUCCUAAAAAUCUGGUUGCUUUGAGAGUUUACAAUUGGUACGAUCUUUGCCAAAGGUAACCUCAUUUCCCUUUUUGCCUCAUUGUCACCUUUUUCGGCAGUAUCAAACUCACCUGCAAUAAAUUUUUUCCUUUAUUAUACAAACGCUACUUUGAUACGAAUUUUCAAAGUGCAAAGAAUAUACCUUCCUUUUACAAAGAAUAUACCUUCCAGAUUUACUGAUAGGACUUUGUUUCAAAAAGUAACCCAAAACUGACGGCUUGGGUAAAAUCUUUUCAAUCUAUACAUUACAGCAUAAAACAUACUCAAUAUAGAGAACAGAGAUUUCAACAUAUAUUAUAAAAUUAAAUUAGAGUAAACUGAAGAGCAAAAAAGAAAGAAACACAAACUCACCAUCCUCUUUAUACUGAAAGUAAGGCUCUAUUGACUGCAUUAACAGCUGCAAGCAUUCUUGAAUAGAUUCAGAUAGGACUGCCUGGAAAUCUUCACUUUCAAUUACAUCAAACGUCUCCAUAAUCAUCUUUUGACACUUCUCUUCAUCAAGGUACCUCGUUUUCUUUCUAGAAUCUUCUAUGUUUAAGAGGUACAUUGAAAAUGGAGACUUCGUGCUUGGAUUUCCACUUUUGCAUAAACCUGCCGCAUCAGCCUUGAAUAGGUUCCAGAUAUUGAAGACGGCCUUGGAGAUUUCAUAAUGUGUAACUUCACUUUUUAGUGACAUUGAAGCAAUAUUAUCUGUGGUGAAAAGUACAAAAACAUUCAGAGACAAGAACUGUAAAAGUUACACUAUAAAACAAUAUUUAAAAUAAUAGGAUAAUAAAAAUGACACUUCUAUCCAGUGGCAGAUCCAGGGGUGCAAAAAGUGCUUGACCACUGAUCAGAUUUUCAAAGUGUUUCCGCAAAAAGAAAGCUAAAAAUUUAUGCAAAUUUAACACUGAUUGAAAGGUAUCUUGUGCAGCUUGGAAUGGGUUUAUUAAAACAAAAUUUUACUUCUCUUUUGUCUUGUCUACUUAAGGUUACGGUAAACGUUUUCUUGAUGAAAACAUCAUUUUUUCGAUUUUUUCACAUUCAAGUAGCCGAACUUUCAAGGCACACAAUGAUACCAAAUUUGAAACAAACAGAAAUUUUGAAAGUGGAAAAAAUCCCAUGUAACCGAAGGUUUCCAUUAUUUCUUUAUCAAAACUUUUAGUUGAGGCCUGAAAAUCUCUUGACCUGUUAAGCCGAUUAUCGUUGCUUUGCGGUUGUGGUCGCAUGUCUCGUUUACAAUAUCGCAUGGCACAUCCAUAUAUCCAAUGUACGGCCGUGUUUAUUUAAACAGGCUUAUUGAUCUUAAAUCUUCAAGUGACUUGACCCGGAUUACACUGUGGUUUACGAGUGUAUCUUGCAAGUGCGAUCAGUAAAAUCCCGUUUUCUCCGGACUCGAAAUUCCUCUACAUGCAGGUACGAAAAAGCUAUUAUGUACCCAAGGAACCAAUCGAAUGGCUUGAAAAUUUGCACACGGCCAGGGCAGACGUUGGGCAAACAAAGUGUGUCUCAAAAUUUUUUUAUUUUCUCUGGUCCGUCUUUUAUACCCAAAUACAGCUGCGGGAGGGUGGAAAAAUUAUUUGCCAAUUUUUGACAGGGUAUAGUUUCAUAAAGAGGAGGAAUUUAAAAAAUCUGAGACACACUUUGGUAGCUUAGGACCUGCACUUCCUGCUGGUCUAAGUCAGAUUUUGUUACCUCAAACGCAAGGGUACAUAAUAGCUUUUGAAGGUGGUACACUUUUUGACCAGUAAAUUCGCAUGGAAAAUAACAUUUAACAUUAUUUGCCAAUAAUUUUUAUCUGGCUAGAUACGCCAUAAUCUUGUGCAUCGAAUGAUAUAUAGUUUAUCCAGAU